AUGCAGCCAUAUGCCCCAAACUGGACCCAUGUAACAGAGUUUGUCAUAGUGGGCUUUGCUGGGGUGCAUGAAGCACGCCCCCUCUUCUUUACACUCUUCCUCACCAUGUACCUAUUCACCCUGGUGGAGAACUUGGCCAUCAUCGUGGUGGUGGCUUUAGACCACCGGCUACGUAGACCCAUGUAUUUCUUCCUGACACACUUGUCCUGCCUUGAAAUCUGGUACACUUCGGUGACAGUGCCCAAGAUGCUGGCUGGUUUUAUUGGGGUAGGUGGGAGCAAGAACAUCUCCUAUGCUGGCUGCCUGUCCCAGCUCUUCAUCUUUACCUUCCUGGGGGCAACGGAGUGUUUCCUACUGGCUGCCAUGGCCUAUGACCGCUAUGUGGCCAUUUGUAUGCCUCUCCGAUAUGCGGCCUUGGUGUCGUGGGGCGCCUGCAUCCGUCUGGCCGCUGCUUGUUGGCUGGCGGGCCUCCUCACACCUGUUUUGCCUAUCUACCUCAUGUCCCAGCUGACGUUUUGUGGCCCCAACGUCAUCGACCACUUCUUCUGUGAUGCCUCACCGCUGCUAGCCUUGUCCUGCUCAGAUGUCACCCUGAAGGAGACCACAGACUUCCUCGUUUCUCUGGCGGUGCUCCUGGCCUCCUCUACGGUUAUUUCUGUGUCCUAUGGCAACAUCGUCUGGACGUUGCUGCACAUCCAUUCAGCUGCUGAGCGCAGGAAGGCCUUCUCCACUUGUGCAGCUCACCUGACAGUGGUGAGCCUCUUCUAUGGCACUCUUUUUUUCAUGUAUGUCCGCACCAAAGUGGCCUCCUCCGUCAACUUCAACAAGGUGGUGUCUGUCUUCUACUCCAUUGUCACGCCAAUGCUCAACCCCCUCAUCUAUAGUCUUCGGAACAGGGAGGUGAAGGGAGCUCUGGGCCGAGCCUUGUCCCUCAGGUCUUGGAAAGGUCAGCAAGGAGGAAGGUGA